AGACGUUAAUGAUUGAUGCACACCAAGACAUCGCCAAGCAAAGGAUCGCCUUUACAAGUUGCUGCUGUAGCUCUCAGAAGACGCUAUUGUACUCCUCUCCAGUGCAUGUGGUCAAUGAGAUAUCCAGCAGCUGAUUGGCCAUCAAGAAGAAUGUCCCCCUCAGCCACAGGGUGGGAGCUCCACUUUGAGACGAUGGAGCAGUCAGAGGAAGAGGCGGAGCCACAGCCCACCCACAUUAAAGAGGAAGAGUGGGAGUCAAAGCCCUCCUAUGUUAAGGAGGAAGAGGAGGAGCCACAGCCCCCCCACAUUAAAGAGGAAGAGGGGGUGCCACAGCCGCCCUAUGUUAAAGAGGAAGAGGAGGAGCCACAGCCCACACACAUUCAAGGGGAAGAGGCGGAGCCACAGCCCCUCUAUGUUAAAGAGGAAGAGGAAGAACUCUCGAUCACUCAGGAGGGAGCGCAUCUUGUAGGGCCAGAGGAGGCGUAUCUAGCCAGGUUGCCACUGACUGGUGUCUCUGUGAAGACAGAUGAUCAUGAAGACAAACAACCCGAGUCCUCACAGCUUCAUCAUAGUCCAAGUGAGGAGAUGACAGAGGCGGAGCCUACAUGCAGCAGCUCACUGCAACACAUGACAACAGAAGCUGAUGGAGACCACUGUGGAGGAUCACAAGCAGACCACCUCUUAGCUCCACUAUCAGAUAGUGACGACACAACGUCACACACUCCUGAAGAUGAAGACAGCGACUACAACCAAGAAUCUCUGAGCAGCGAUACAAACUGUGAUAUGACGACUCACACUGGCAACAAACACUCUGAAAGCUCUAAAAAGAAGACAGGUAAACGUUUUAACUGGUCAGUUUGUGAUAAAAGAUUUUCUUGUAAGAGUCUUUUGACUCAACGCAUGAGAACGCACACAGGAGAAAAACCUUUUAGUUGCUCAGACUGUGGUAGACGCUUCACUCAAAAGACAACCAUGCGAUCACACAUGAGAACACACACAGGAGAAAAACCUUAUAGUUGCUCAGACUGUGGUAGAUGCUUCACCCGAAAGACACACAUGCAAGCACACGUGAGAACACACACAGGAGAAAAACCUUUUAGUUGCUCAGACUGUGGUAAACGCUUCACUCGAAAGACAAACAUGCAAUCACACAUGAGAACACAUACAGGAGAAAAACGUUUUAGUUGCUCAGACUGUGGUAAACGCUUCACUGAAAAGGCAGUGAUGCAAUCACACUUGAGAACGCACACAGGAGAAAAACCUUUUUGUUGCUCAGACUGCGGUAAAAGCUUCACUCAGAAGGUAAUGUUGCAAUCACACAUGAGAACUCACACAGGAGAAAAACCUUAUAGUUGCUCAGACUGUGGUAAACACUUCACUAGAAAAGCAAACAUGCAAGCACACAUAAGAACGCACAUCGGAGAAAAACCUUUUAGUUGCUCGGUUUGUGGUAAACGCUUCAAUCGAAAGACAAACAUGCAAUCACACAUGAGAACACAUACAGGAGAAAAACCUUUUACCUGCUCAGACUGUGGUAAAAGCUUCAUUGAAAAGGCAGUGAUGCAAUCACACAUGAGAAUCCACACAGGAGAAAAACCUUUUAGUUGCUCAGACUGUGGUAAAGGCUUCACUCGAAAGACAAACAUGCAAUCACACAUGAGAACACACACACAGGAGAGGAACCUUUCAGUUGCUCAGACUGUGGUAAAGGCUUCACUUGAAAGACAAACAUGCAAUCACACAUGAGAAUACACAGGAGAAAAACCUUUUACUUGCUCAAAUUGUGGUAACACAUUUUCUUGGAGGUCGUCCGGUCGUUCCGCCUCUUAGCAGCGAUCCCUUGAAGAAUGCACAAAUGGACUUUGUCUCUCCCCAAAAUCAUGGCAAAGAGGGAGAGGAAGAAGAAUUUCUCAGACACUGAAAUUGAAGUAGUGAAGUAUAGUCAAUCAGCUGAAAAACAUCACACUCUACUGCAAAUCGAGUCACUGGCACAGACUGCUACAUGUGCAUCACCAAUAAAUGAAUAAUAAAUAAAUAAAUAUCUGCUCUUAUAAAGCAUUGGCUCGUCUGCUCUGGGGUUGGAGCGGUGCCUUGCUUGAUGGUCAGGUUGUGAGGGACGCAGCAAGAUGAUGUGGCCUGGGCUGGACAGGUACAGCCCUAUUUGUAAUUUCAAUGUUCUACCACUAGGCUUUGUUUGUAGUAACAGUUUUGCAUAAAUGUACGCAUUUUCCUAUGCACAAGUACAAGUGGAUAAAUCCCAUACUCUGUGUGCGAGGCAAAAAUGUUGGUUGCUCUUUUACAAAUUCAAAGCUGAUGUGUGUGACUAUCUUGUUUUGCCUGAAACACAAAGAUAAUAGGUCUGCUUUCAUGGGAAAGGAAAUUAAGGAAAUCAAGGAAUCAAGGAAAUUAAAAAAUAGUCACAUUUGAGAGGCUGAAAUAAGGAUAUUUGCAGUAUAUUUUUUAAUGAAAUGAUUAAUGGAGUACUAAAAUAGUUUCAAUUAAUUGGCUAAUCGAUUAAUCAUCGAUUCAUCGUUGCAGCUCUAGUCUACUGUUUGACUCGCCUGACUUCCAUGCAGUCACUGUGUCGCCACUGUCUUGGAAUAUUCUUUGCACUUGUCUUUGUUCAAUAAAUGUACAAAAUGUACAAUGUACAAAAGAAAUACAUGGUGACUGCAGUGGUUUCUUUUGUAGUUACAGGUUUUAUUUGACUGUAUGCUGUCAUCACUAAAUGCUGUAACUGAUGAAGUCACUUCCUGUUCGAUUACUUCCAAAUUUGGUCUGAAAAGUAAUGAUUUGAUUCUUUUUACUGACUUGAGUUCUUAUGAUUCACUCAUUGGGGUGCGGAUCGCUUUCAGGAGGCCUUUGAAGGAUUUGCGUGAGAGCAAAAUAGUAGUUUUCCCUUUUUUCCCCUUAUUUAAAAGUGUUGAUUUUAUUUUGCUCAAACAAUUGUAUGUAAUAAAAGGGAAACAUAUUUUGUUCAUAUUGUUGUAUAGCAUAUUGAUGAAAUGUUCACAAAUAAGUGUAGUGAUGCAAAUAUUUUUUGUUUUCCAAAAACUUUUGUGAGGUAUUUUAUUAUGAUUCUAAUCAUGAUAAAGAAGUUACAGGAAAAAUGACAAAAUUAUUCAAUUUUAUUGAAAAAUUCAAUUAAAAAGUACAAU